AUGUACGGCGCACCUCCACCUGGCCCACCGCCAGUCGUUUACCAGGCAGCAGCUCCCAGACAGAGAACAGCCAUAGCUUGUCGAUACUGCCGCCGACGCAAGAUUCGAUGCUCUGGCUUUGAUACCUCGCAGGAUGGUCGAUGCAGUAACUGUGUUCGGUUCAAUCAAGAAUGCAUGUUUACUCCGGUCUCUUCGCAGGCACAAGCAUUUGUGCCUGCACAUACUGCUUACCCCCAUCUUCGAAACCUUCCAGCUGGUAGAGGACGGCCCGGCGAAGGCGUAGUCCUGUAUGGUCCUCAUGGACAGCCUCUACCACAUCAACCAAUUGCCCACCCAGCCCCAGAGCAAACUUUGCCACCACCACAGGGCAUGUAUGCACCGCCAUACGGAAGGCCUGAUGACCGAGCCAAUCUCCCUCCGCACAUGGCCCAUCCACCACCAAUAAUUCAAGAUCCGGUGAGUCGCAAACGCCCCUUCACCGACGAUGAUUCUACCUCCCACUCCUCCAUUCGUCAGCCAUCCCACUCGUCUUCAAAUUCUGGUUCCUCAUACUCUUCUAUAUCGCAGCGCGCGCCUCUUCCCCGUCGCAACUCCAUAGGUGGACCCGAGUACGGCGAGCCGCCAACUUUGCCUCCGGUUUCCGUGGCCACUGCCGGUCCGAGCUAUGCACAUCCCGCUCCCGCUCCCGGGCCUUAUUAUGCUACAAGCCAACAGGACAGACGUCUAUCAUCCCAUUCGUCUUACUCGUAUGAUCCUGCCCAAGGCACCCCUCCACGUGCAGGUGCGCAUACCCCAACCACCAAUGCGCAUUUGCCAACACUUCAACCCCUGCAUAACGCAUCCUCAAUUCCGCCAGCCAGGGAAGGCGGCCCGACCCCACCACCGGGACAACCCGCUAUCCCAGGACGGAGUGGGCUUAGUGUGCGUGACAUGCUGGGACCUCCCGAAGGUCAACGCACUCGCACUUCCACUGAUAGCGACAUGUUGAAUGCUCUCAACCGGGGAGGGCUGAACAAAUAA